GGGCAACGAGGCGUGUCCUCUCGACUCCUCUUCGGAUGAAGAGGAUCUGCUCUUCCCCGAGGACAGUGACUACUGUCCUUCCCGCAACAGUUCUGAUGAUGAGGUUGAGUACCAUGAGCCCCCCCGUGCAUCGGCCCCAGGGACCACAACUCGGGAUGCUCCUCCCCCCACGGCUCCAGAACUCCUUCAGCCUCAUCCAGGCCCAGCAGCACCUCCUCUCCCCACGGACCCCCCAGAACUUCCACCCAACCGGUUGUUGGAACCUCCCCAGACCACUCCGCGGAAGAGACACCAGAAGACGGGUCAGAAGAGACGGCGCUCCUCUCUGGGAACUUCUUCCCCAGCCAAGCAUGGAGCAGGUGGGAGGGCCUCUUCAGGGACUGCGGAGGAGGAGGACGGGUGGCAUGGCAGGGAGGAGGAGGCCAUCAAGCCGGCCCGACUCCGGUUCAAGCCUGCAAGGGCCCCGGGCCCCACAUGUGACAGCAGCAAAGCCUGGUCUCCUAUUGGCCUGUUCCAGCUGUUCUUCUCAGAGUCUGUUGUCAAAACGAUUAUCAAGAACACCAACGCCAACGCCGCCAGGAGGAAGCGAAGUGGGCUGAAGUACAAGUGGGACGUGCUGGAUGUGAAGGACUUCUAUAUCUUUCUCUCCAUCGUCGUCUUCACUGGCCUGGUGACGGUGCACAACAGGGCGGACUACUGGAGGAACAUGUGGCCGUACAACUUCCCCUUCCCCGGGAACAGGAUGUCACGGCAGCGCUUUGAGGCCAUUUUGUGGUCCCUCCACCUCAGCGACCCGGAAGAAAAAACAACGAGAAGAAAAACACUCCCGCGUACGACCGGCUUUUCAAAAUAAAGCCUCUCUACACAGAUAUCGUGUCCGCCUGCCAAACGAAUUUCCAGCCGCGACAAAAUCUGUCCAUCGAUGAGCGGAUUGUCGCGAGCAAAGCCCAAAUCAGCUUCAAGCAGUACAACAAGGACAAGCCCACCAAAUGGGGCUACAAGCUGUUUGUGCUGGCCGAUUCCUCCGUCGGCUACACCUGGAACUUUAGCAUCUAUACCGGCAGAAGUCAGUCCGCCAGAGUCCAGAGCCUCAGUUACUCGGCCGUGGUGGACCUCUUGCCUUUUGCGCUCCUCGGCAGCGGCUACUCGGUGUACACGAACAGCUCCUACACCAGCCCGCUGCUCUUCACCGAUCUGUACCGGCGCAACAUCGGCUGCUGUGGGACCAUAAAAAGAACUCGUCUCGACUUCCCAAAGACCGCUGUGAACGACCUGCCCAAAAAGGCUGAGAGGGGGGACAUGCGCUGGAUCCAGAGUGGUGACCUCCUGUUUGUCAAGUGGAUGGACUCAAGUGAGGUGGCCAUGUGUUCCACCAUCCAUGGGGCCUACAGCGGACAGACGGUGCAGAGGAAGGUGAAGACGGCUGGGGUGUGGCAAAGCAAGAGCAUCCCGGUCCCGGACUGCAUCGUCGACUACAACCAGUGCAUGGGCGGAGUGGAUUUGUCAGACGCACUCAUCGGGUAUUACAGCGUCCGCCAUAAGACCAUGAAGUGGUACAAGACUUUCUUUAAUCACUUCGUGGACAUCGCUGUGGUCAACAGCUACCUUCUGCAUAAGGAGCUGUUUAAGCUGAGGCAGGACGCGGCCCAGACCAAGCCCUUCACCCACAAGGCCUUCACGGAGCAGCUGGCCAAAGAGAUGUUGCUGUUUGCCGGAUGCCCACUAGACAAACUGAUGCCCACCCCAUCACACCCGUACAACAUGUGCAUGCCCACCUUCUACACCGGGGGUCUGAGGACCCGGAAGUCCUGCAAGAGGUGCAAGGACAAUGGAAUGCCAAAGGUCAAGACCUCGGCUUACUGCACCAAGUGUAUGGUUCCUCUCUGCUACUCUGCCAAGAAGAACUGCUUCCUGCUGUGGCACACUGGGGAGUGACUUCCUGUCAGACGAAGCCCCCCCCCCCAUCAUUUGGACCAGGUGAUACUCGAGUGCAUCAAUGGCUCAGUAUCCACCUCCCCUUCUAGAGUUGUGUUAACAGGUUCUAUUGUUACUGUCUUUUUACGAAUAACUGUUUUCUCAAAUUAAAGCUGUUCCAUUUGGUUUCAACAGUC